AAGCGCACAAGGGUGCUGCUCUCGUGUGCACCCUGUCGCACAAGUAAGCUGAAAUGUGACCGUCAACAACCGUGCGGGCAAUGUGUCAAAAAGGUUCGUGCCGAUGGCUGCACAUAUGCGCCGCGGCCGGAAAAGUCGAAGCCGGCUCGGAGUAUGGCCGCCCGGCUCAAGCGACUCGAGGGAAUGGUGCGCGGCAUGAUGAAUGUCGACGGAGUGCCCAUCCCCGAGAAGCCCUGGCCGCCGACGGGGACGGGGCCUGACGGACAGUCGCCCUCGAGACCCCGCGAUUCUACCUGCCCCAACCAAGCCCAGGCCCAGAUCGUCCUGGGUCGCAGUACCACGUAUGUUGGCGCAACGCACUUUAUGGCCAUGCUGGAUGAUAUCGAAGAUCUCAAGAGCUACUUCGAUGAGGAGGAGGAGGAGAGUCUUGGGGGAAAGCGGUAUCAGGAUGUACCCGAACCUUCGUCAUCGGACACGCUCCUCAUAUCUAGCGGCCUGCCCACGUCCAGGCAAGAGCUGCUAGACGUGCUCCCACCUCGCCAGGUCGUGGACCGCCUGGUGCAGCGCUAUUUCAGCGCGCACAGUCCCUCGAUGAGUGUAACACACAGGCCGCAGUUUGCAAAACAGUAUGCCGAGUUUUGGGCAAACCCCGACGGCGCAUCCCUCGACUGGCUGGCGUUUCUGUACUUGAUAUUGGCGCUGGGCGUCUUCUUCUCGACUUUCAUGGCCCCGCACGAGCUCGAGGCCGACGGGGACCUGCCCGCCAUGGGGAGGUUCAAGCGGUACCGCGCGGCGGCAGGCUGGGCGCUAGUGACGGGCAAGUACACGUCACCAGCCACGACGACCCUGGCACCAUUCCUGCUGUAUGUCGAGGCUGAAUUCUUGACCAACCGGGCGUCGCAGAUGAACUGCUACCUGCUCACGGCUGUGUGCAUUCGAAUGAUGCUGCGCAUGGGCCUGCACCGUGACCCGAGCAAGCUGGCCCACAUACCUCCCUUUGACGGAGAGAUGCGCCGGCGCCUGUGGCAUCUGGCUACACAGUUCGAGCUCAUGGUGUCGUUCCACCUGGGCUUGCCCAGCAUGAUCCCCAGCAUAGAGAGCGACACCGCGCUGCCGCGGAACCUCGUCGACGAGGACAUCUCUGUAGACUGCACCGAGUUGCCGCCUUCGCGCCCCGACUCCGAGUACACACUCCAGUCGUACCCCCGGUCCAAAAGCGCCCUCUGCCAGGUCUUUGGCCUCAUCGCCCGCCAGGUCAACGCCCUCACACCCCCUCCCUACGUCGAGAUCAUGAAGUACGACAGCCUGCUCGAGGUCAAGUGGAGUCAGGUUCCCAUCUUCAUGAAGCUUAGGCCACUCGAGGACUCGAUCGCCGACUCUCUGGCUGUCGUAAACCAGCGCUUCGGACUCGCCUCCCUAUACCAGAAAUCGCGUGUCGUGUUGCACCGCCGCUACAUCAUAGAGGCUGUCCCCAGGCCCGAGCAUGCCUACUCGCGGCGCGUCUGUCUCGAAGCUGCGAUGGCGCUGCUCGACCAUCAAAAUGCCAUCCACGUGGCUGCGUUGCCGGGCGGAAUUUUGCGCAUGAACGGCUGGUUUGUCAUGUCGUUGGCCAUCCACGACUUUUUACUGGCCGCCAUGGUCAUCUACCUCGUGCUGCAGAACGAGACGUACGACAUGGUUGCCGGCGAAUGGACCGAGAAAACCGCCCCGCUUCCGGGCCGCGAUCACCUGUAUAACCUGCUCGCGCAGUCCCACAGGAUAUGGAUAGCUGUGUUCCAGGACGCGCCCGUUUUCAAGAAAGCAGCCGACAUCCUCAAGACAAUGUUGCGGAAGCUC